GAGUUUGAUAUCACCAUGAAGUCUGCAAUUUACAUGCUGAUACUAAUUAAUGUUGCAGUUUAUGCAGACCGGGCAAGGAAAGACAUUUGUGGUGGCAAAAAACAGUACCAAUUUAUCAAUGAAACAAAAACGUAUGCAGAUGCAGAGCUUUACUGCCAACAGCAAUGGAGAAAUGCAAAUGGACAUUUGGGGUCAAUACUUAAUAAAGAAGAGAAUAAACAUAUUUUGGACUCAGUAAACAUCACCAUUAGAAAUAAUUUUCCCUAUGUAUGGAUCGGUGCUGUACGACUGAUGGAGAGUAAAACAUUCAUUUGGAUUGAUGGCUGCACUUCAAAUUACAGCAACUGGAGAUCUGGCCAACCAGACAACAUAAAUAAACAUGGGACAGAGGCCUGUGCUGAAAUGUAUACUGUAAAAGAUACUGAAACUACUUAUCCAGGUCAAUGGAAUGAUAAUUUCUGUGGGCACAAGCGUGCCUUCAUCUGUCAGCACUUUUGAAAUGUACGCGCUUUCCUUGGCUUAAGGACGUUUUGCUUACCAGUUUCAGCAGAAUGUUAUGAUUCGCUAGAUGAACUGUAACUCAAGAAUCUGAUUCCUUGAUUUUUAUUUUUGCUUUCACAGCUCAGAAAACACUUCUUAGGAUAACUGUCAGUUCUGUUGUGCAUGACUUUCAUGAAAUAAGAUAUUCCAAAACAAUAAAGCUGGCAUUAUACUCUGCUGAAUUUGCAAAACAGUUGCAUUUAAUAAAUUUAAAUUUAUACCACUGUGUUAGCUCUAUGAAUGUAAAAAUCCCAACCGGGUUAAAUGUAUGGCUAGACCGAAGGUGUGUCAUGCCUCAAUGCAGACUACCAGUGUGAGCUUUUUAAAGGAGCAGUUGUGGUUGUAAAUAAGUGAAUGCUGCAGCAUUUUGUUUUCAAAAGUAUAUUUGUAUGGCUGUUUGUCUGUAUAUGCAUCUGUAAUCUCUAUAUGCAUAUCUAGGUAGUAAGACAGACAGAUUGACAUUGCACACACACACACACACACACACACACACACACACACACACACACACACACACACACACACACACACACACACACACAUGCACGCACACGCAUGCACAUAUACAAAGGCAGUGCCAGCACAACAGAUCCAAGUAAUUUCAGUCAGAGCUAUAACCACAUCUGCUGAUAUGGCACUGUCUUGCUGGAAUUGUUGUUGUUGUUCGGUCACUUAGUUGAAUCUGACUCUUCAUGACCUUCUGACAUUCCAUUUAUUAUUUUCUAACCUACAAGAACUCUGCAGCCACUGCAGUGCUUUACAAUGAUUUGUAAAUCAGCUUUUGUUUAAUGAAGGCAGCUAACAUUGUUUCUGUAUGUCAUAAUAACAGCCCUGGAUAAUAUACUACGCCUUCUGUUUAUUAUUCCUUUAUUGCAUCCCUUUGUAAACAUGGUGUUAAACCACAUGUACUAGUUUGGUAGCCAUGCCUGAAACGAAGAUUCCAAUGUUACAGGGAUAUGUUGCAGUCUAGCAUUUAAUGUAAGAAUUUUCCUAAUGCCAGCUCUGAAUUAUACUGUUCAGUAUAGUACUGUAUGUACUUACGUAACAGAUGAUGUCCUGCUUCGUUCUGUAAAAUAAAUUUGCAUUUGAGCAUCA